AUGCCAACCAGGGAAGCCAAUUAUACUUGUGCUUAUCCUUUCACACAUUGUGACCUCAUACAUUAUGUGUUCUUCAAUUCAAAGGCACUGCAGUUUUUUAUCACCCCUUGUAUUGUGGCUUUCUACACCUGUGCAACUGGCAGAGAAGCAUUUGAAAUGAGCAAUCAGACAUUUGUCACCGAAUUCAUCUUCUUGGGAUUUUCAAAUCACUCCAACUUGUGGAGCUUCUUCUUUCUUGUCUUCCUCGUUAUUUACCUGACAACUCUUCUAGGGAAUGUCCUCAUAAUAACGGCCACCAGGGUCAGUCCUGCUCUCCACACACCAAUGUAUUAUUUCCUCAGCAGCUUGAGCUUCUUAGACAUUUGCUACACAUCUACCACCAUUCCAGUCAUGUUGGUGAACUUCUUCCGGGAGAAGAAGACCAUUUCCUAUGAGGGCUGCCUUUCCCAGAUUUUCUUCCUUCUGACAUGUGCUGGCACUGAGUGUGUCUUGUUGGCUUCCAUGGCUUAUGAUCGCUAUGUGGCCAUUUGCCACCCUCUUCAAUAUCCAGUACUCAUGAGUGUGAAGGUCUGUAUUUGCCUGGUGACUGGGUCCUGGCUCUGUGGGCUGGUGAAUUCUGUAACACACACAGUGCUGGCAGCCACACUCACUCUGUGUGGUCCCAACAAGAUCAGCCACUUUCUCUGUGACAUCCCAUUGAUCCUGAAGCUCUCCUGCUCAGACACGUCUGUCAAUGAGUCUGUGCUCCAUGUGGCCAGUGCCACCAUUGGCCUGAGCCCCUGCCUGUUUACUGCUGGGUCCUACAUAUUCAUCAUCUCUGCCAUCCUUAGGAUCCCCUCUUCUCAAGGCAGGAGCAAGUGCUUCUCCACCUGUGCAUCCCACCUGACAGUGGUGAUAGUCUUCUUUGGAACAGCCAACUUCAACUAUGCCAGGCCCAGUGAAGGCUACUCCUUGGACAUGGACAUUCUGGUCUCUGUUUUCUUCUGUGUAGUGACCCCCAUGAUGAAUCCCAUCAUCUACAGCCUGAGAAAUAAGGAUGUCAAGGAUGCCCUAAAGAAGCUGACCACAGGUUUAUAUUCCCUAACAAUAUCAAUCUCUAGAGCAGUAGCCUUCAAACUGGAGCAUAUAUCUACCCGAGAAACUCUCCAAGAAGAAUGUAAUAUAGAUUGUGCAUCUCUAAGUGGAUCCUCAUUUCCUACAUUCUAG